AUGGCCAGUGUCCAUGAGAGCCUGUACUUUAACCCCAUGAUGACCAAUGGAGUGGUACAUGCCAAUGUGUUUGGGAUUAAAGACUGGGUGACGCCGUACAAGAUCUCAGUGCUGGUCCUGCUGAGCGAGAUGACCAAGAACAUGGAGAUCAGUGGGCUGGAGAAGAGGAGGCUCAACAAACACAUCCUGCCCCUUCUCCAGGGUCCUGAUAUGUCACUGUCCAAACUGCUCAAAAUUAUUGAAGAUUGCUGUCCAAAUAUGGCAAGUUCGGUGCAAAUCAGGAUAAAGCUGAUGGCCGAAGGAGAAUUAAAAGACAUGGAACAGUUCUUUGAUGAACUCUCUGAUUCAUUCUCAGGCACAGAGCCUGAUGUGCACAAAACAAGUGUUGUCGGACUGUUCCUUCGUCACAUGAUCUUGGCCUACAAUAAACUUUCAUUCAGUCAGGUAUACAAGCUGCAUACCUCACUGCAUCGUUACUACCACAGUGAUAAGGCCAAGACAAAGCCAGAAAAUGAAGAGGCAGAAAUGGAUCUCUGCAACAGUGAUGAAGAAGAGGGUGAAGAAGCAGAUGAAGGUGGAAAGAUGUCAAAAGAAGAUCUUGAUUUUGCUAUCGGAGAAGAUGAUCUAGCUUGCAGUGGACCUUUGUCACAAAAACAGGCGGAAUAUUUCCUUUCUCAGCAGGCCUCAUUGCUGAAGAAUGAUGAAAGUAAGGCUCUGUCACCAGUCUUACUACAGAAAGAGCUAAACAAUUUAUUGAAGUUCAAUCCAGACUUUGCAGAAGCUCAUUAUUUAAGCUAUUUAAAUAGCUUGCGUGUCCAAGAUGUAUUCAGUUCAACACACAGCUUGCUGCAUUACUUUGACCGCUUGAUCCUCACUGGUGCUGAGAGUAAAAGUAACGGGGAUGAAGGUUAUGGGAGGAGCCUGCGUUAUGCGGCACUCAACUUGGCUUCCCUACAUUGUCGCUUUGGGCACUAUCAUCAAGCAGAACUUGCUCUCCAGGAGGCAAUAAGGAUAGCACAAGAAUCAAGUGAUCAUGUCUGCCUGCAGCACUGUCUGAUUUGGCUGUAUAUCCUGAAGAACAGAAAGGGGGAAGACAGCAGUAUCUUAUUGGAGCACUCUAUAAAGAAAGCUGUCCACUUUGGACUUCCGUAUUUGGCCUCUCUUGGCAUUCAGUCUUUAGUUCAGCAAAGAGCUAUAGCCGGUAAGACUGCCGAUAAACUGAUGGAUGCCUUGAAAGAUUCAGACCUACUUCACUGGAAACACAGUUUAUCUGAUCUGAUUGACAUCAGCCUUGCUCAAAAGACGGCAGUAUGGAGACUGUAUGGUCAGAGCACUAUGGCUUUGCAGCAGGCACAGAUGCUCCUUACUAUGAACAGCCUUGAUGCUGUUAAUGUGAACGUCCAGCAGAACAAUACUGAGCCGUUUGCUGUAGUUUUGUGUCACCUUGCAGAACUGCACGCCGAGCAGGGUUGUUUUUCUGCUGCUUCUGAGAUAUUGAAACAUUUAAAGGAGAGAUUUCCCCCUGGCUGCCAACAUGCAAAGCUUUGGAUGUUGUUUGAUCAGAAAAUCCAGUUUAACCGAGCUAUGAAUGAUGGGAAGUAUCACCUGACCGAAUCACUUGUGACAGGAAUUACUGCUCUUGACAGUGUGGAAGGAUUGUACAGGAAAGCAAUUGUUCUCAAAGCUCAAAACCAAACAGCAGAAGCUCAUAAAAUUCUUCAGGUGCUGCUAACUCACUGCCAGAAAGUAAAGAACAUCGAGAUGGUUAUAAGGGUCCUUCUGUCCCUAGCAGAGCUGUACUGGAGAUCCUUCUGUCACCCAGUGGCACUGCCCGUGCUGCUACAAGCUCUUGCUCUCUCCAGGGAAUACCACCUCCAGUAUCUGGCAUCUGAGACGGUGCUGAAUUUGGCUUUCUCACAACUGAUGCUUGGAAUCCCAGAGCAAGCCUUGAAUAUUCUGCACAUGGCAAUAGAGCCUAUUCUGGCUCAUGGAGCAGUACUAGAUAAGGGACGGGCUAUGUUCCUUGUUGCAAAAUGUCAAGUGGCAUCAGCUGCAUCAUACAGUCCUCAGAAGAAAACAGAAGCCCUGGAAUCGGCUAUUUUAAAUCUAAAUGAAGCUAAAACUUACUUUGGAAUAGUUGACUGCAAGGAACAGAUUCGUGAUAUUCUAUACUUGCAAGCCAGACUGUACAACAGCUUAGGGAGAAUCCAAGAAAGGAACAAAUGCUCCAUGCUUUUUCCGACAGAUACAUCAGGAACUUCCAUCUCAUGGAGUUUCAUUGUUACUUCGCCUAUA